AUGGUCCGGGAGGUGGCUCCUGGGCUCCUCGGGGCACCUGGUCCUUGCCUGCCCCGGGGCUUUCCCGGCCGCAGCGCCAGCUCUGCGCCUGCACCUCUGGCGAAAGCAGGGAAGGGAGGGGACGGGAGCAGAGGCUUUGACAUCCUCAGAUCCCGGGGAAACAUCUGCUGCUGCCGGUGCUGCCGCGGUGCCAUCCGAAAUGGUCCCGCCGCUGGGCUCGGUGUUCUAAUCCCAAGCCAUCCCCGCUCCAGGGGCAGCUCCUCUGAAGCAGCCGGGCUUGCGGCAUCGCGGACUGCGCCCGGCCCCUGCUCAUGUUUACAAGAUGAUCACCAGUGGCAUCCAAGUCUGUUGCAGAAGAUGUGUAUGCCUAUUAUGAGGGGUCUUGAAAGCAAUCAUGGUUUUGCCAGCUUUGAAGAGAACAGUAAUUAUUUCCUUAAAUUCUACCUAUUCACCCCUCCAGCAGGGCCAAAUUACCCUUUAUUUCCACACCGGGUUGUGCCUUUAAUAGAUCCCUGCUCAGGUUUUGUGAGUCCAGCAGCCGGUGCUGAAGAGCAGCCCAGUGUUGGAAGAGCUGUUGAAUCCCUGGCAGACUACAGCGAUAGGAAACUUCACCACAUCCCCAUCACAGGUGAGAGAGCCCAGCCUGACCACUGGAGCCUCCUGGAGGAAACCAGCCAGGACAGAAAGUGGAACUCCAGAGUACGAGUCAGAGGAUCUGGAACUUACAAAGGAGUUCCUUGGGAUAAUAUGUUUUCUUCCAAAAUACAGCCUCCAGAAUCAACAGAAGAUGUAUUGGCUGAUCCUGUUUCCCAGUGUUUCACAAAAAGAAGAUGCAAUCCCAAACCUAAAAUAAGCCAGGUUGUUGGAGGCUUCUGGGACAGAUUUCAAACAAGAUCUUUUACCGCUCCACAGAGAUCUGAUGAUUUUGUAAGCCAAAGCUCUCAAGCCUGUCAUAUUCUUUUGUAUAUGAGCUGUGUUGGUGCAGUAAAUUUUGAAGACAGUGCUGGUGUAGACUUAGUCCCACUUAACUAUGUGCAAACUUCAAAGCCUUACUACACAAGCACUGCGCACACUCCAAAUAUUCCUGGAUACACUGGCAAGGUUCAUUGGUCAGCAACUCACCCAGCAAAUUCUAAUCUUCCAUCAACAGCCCCAUCAGUAAUUGCAGGAAUGCAUGGGCCCAUGAAUGUCAAAGUUAUCAAUUCCUAA